AAAAAGAGGAAGGGAGAAGAUGCAGAGGAGCGAUCGUGAAGCUUCACAUUGACAAGAUCGAAGAACACAUUCUCCGGAGGGAGGGAGAGAAAAAAAAAAAAAGUGCGCGAUACCCGCAGUUAACGCAAAACACUGGCCGAGGAAGAUAACAAAGUCUCGAUUGGUUGUGGGACGAAAGGAGAAACGGAAGACGGACAGGGCUAAGCAACGAUGAGGUUAUGUCAGUGUACGUUUCACUCGAGACUUGACGCAUAAAUCGGACGUGUCAGAUUUGGGAGAUUUGUCGGAAAACGUAGAAAAGGAAAGGGGAGAGAGUAAGAAGAGAAGAAGCGAGGGGAAACUAGAGUAGUCUCGUCCGGUGAUGUCGUCGAGUCCGAAAAAUGCAAUGUUCGCGCGGGUCGGUUCGGCGGUGUUCUACGGUUUGUCCUCGUUCAUGAUCACCGUCGUGAACAAGACGGUGUUGACGUCGUUCGAGUUCCCGUCGUUCCAAAUACUCGGCAUAGGGCAAAUGUUGGCCACCAUCGUGUUGCUCUUCGCGGCGAAGAAACUGCGGUACGUCGAGUUCCCUAACCUAGAAGCGGCAACGUGCGUGAAGAUAUGGCCGCUGCCGAUCAUUUACAUCGGUAACAUGAUCUUCGGACUGGGGGGGACGAAACAGCUGAGCCUGCCAAUGUUCACCGCCCUCAGGCGGUUCAGCAUUCUCAUGACAAUGAUCGCCGAGUACUACGUCCUCGGUGUGCGAGCGCGCGUUUCCGUUCAGUUGAGCGUGUACACGAUGAUCGUUGGGGCAGUGGUGGCGGCGUUGAACGACCUCGCCUUCAACUUGGAGGGCUAUCUGUUCAUCCUGUUGAACGAUCUCUUCACGGCCGCGAACGGCGUCUACAUGAAGAAGAAGUUGGACUCGAAGGAGCUAGGAAAAUACGGACUGAUGUACUAUAACUCGUUGUUCAUGAUUGUCCCGGCGAUCAGCAUCGCCUGCUGGCUGGAGGAUACGCGUUCCAUCGUCGAGUUUCCGCAUUGGAACAACCCGUUCUUCCUCGUACAGUUUGGCCUCUCGUGCGUCAUGGGUUUCAUACUGUCGUACAGUAUGAUACUUUGCACGCUUUACAACUCUGCGCUCACCACCACCAUAAUCGGAUGCUUGAAAAAUAUAUGCGUCACUUACCUCGGGAUGAUGAUCGGCGGCGAUUACAUUUUUACCUGGCUAAAUUUCGUAGGACUGAACUUGAGCGUGGUCGGUAGUUUGGUCUACACCUGGGUAACAUUUCGAAGAAAAGAAUCCACCGAGCCGAAAUAUCUCCCGCUCUCGGACGAUCAGCUGAACAAAGUGCAAGCCGUAUGAUCCCCGUGUUGUUUAGAGCAACAAAUCCUCGUGCCAUCGUGCGUCGCCGCGGCUCUUUCUUUUCUUCUCUUUCUCUCUACCGACUCUCUACCACACUGUGCUCUCUGCACGUGUCGACGUGAGUGUCGUGCCUUUCCCUCGUCGAAUAACGACCGUUUUUGAUAGCGGCCGAAAGAAAACGAAGGAAACGAAAUGGGAACGGGGAAAGAGCGGCAAGUGUGACAAACCAUAGUAAUAACUACGAAUAAGUACCGGUUGGGCUUAUCGAAAAGUAACGAAAAGUAUCAUUUUUUUUUUGUUUUGUUUUUUCUCAGAAAUGAAAAUUCUGACUUUUUGUUGUUACAGUUAAGUAUUGGUUUAUUACGUACUCUGCUGUUACGACGUCUGUUAUCCAUCGACUAACACUUUUUUUUUUUUUUUUUUUUUUUUUUUUUUUUUUUUUUUUUAAACAAUCCCCUGAUUUAUAGGCGAAACAUUCACAGUACCAACAUUCUUUUGAGGAUUUUCGUCUUGGAAAGUUCCGCUCCAUGGACCGGAAAUGUGAUAGUCCGAUAGAAUCAAAUCACAAGUUGGUUUAAAAAAUAGAUCUUUCUCGAUACGAUUAAGCAAACAUUUCUUUAAAGAUAAACAUUCUUUGUGCUUAUAUAUUACAUAUGUAUAGGCUAUGCACAUUUCCUGUAUGAUGGACCAGGAAGCCUCAAUCCUGAACGAGGAUUCGAUUCAAUUAGAGAACCGAGCUCGAGUCUUUGUCAACGACCGUUGGCCUGCCAGAAAAAGGAACGCCAAAAAGACUAAAAUCUCGAAAAUCAACACUGACAUUUACGGACGUUAGAAAAAUUUGGAUAUAAACUGGAAACUGUGUUAGUCGUCUCGGUAGCAUUAUCUCGAAACUCGGAAAGCACGAGAUAUUUAAAAUACGUUCUUCCAUAAAGUUUUUCUCUUUGCUAGCGGUGCUUGCUCGAAUAACUGAACUGAAAUGAAAUUGUACAUACUCGAAGGCGUGAAAUUUGGAAAGCAAUAUCCCGAAAGGUAAAUCUACAAAUACUUAUUGCGAAACGAGGUUUGACUGAAGAGAAAAAAACGAAUCGUUACUUUCCGGUAGGUCUAACGAGAUACCGUACCAAAGCGAAAAAAAAAAAAGAAAAAAGAAAAGACACCGUUGUCGGAUAAAA